GGGCGCCCUGCUGCGCCUCUUUCCGCUAUUUGCCUCAAAUAACAGUAAAAGUUACACAUCCCGUCGUUACAGUUACCAAGCCCCAUCUGAAGAUGCAGAUCACCGUUUUAAGGGUUUAUAUGAUGGUGGCAGCAGCAAUUUUCAACCCUCUCCUCCUAAGGGACAAUACAACUAUUUCAGAAUCUGAUGAUGAAAUUCUCACCAACAUGAAGGACCUGGAGGAGCACUUAAUGGUUGACCAGAGGUCAUCGCUCCUGGACUGUGAUGCUUCUCAGGUUAACCAGGAUGUAGCGCCAUUAAACCAGGAAGAAUCUCCUGAGAUGUUGAACUAUAGUUCUUUGCAGAUAGACCAUGAAGUCUCUCCAUUAAUUCAGGAGCAACCCAAGGAUUCCCAGAGGGACAUGAAGGAAACCUCUGCAUUAAAAGGAAAACAGGAAGCACAGGUGGAGGACAGUAUCAGUUGGUAUAUUUGGGAGGUUCUCAUUCUUGUCAUCCUACAUGGCAUUAAAGUUCUCUGGCAGAAUGUAAAACAAUCAGGUAGAUGGGAUAGAAUGCCCAAAGAUGAGGAUCUCUUUGCUUCUGGAAAUAUUUCUGUGAGCACAAUCAUUCUUAAUACAGGGCUCCUUAGGAGGUUUUAUGAGAGAAACAUCUAUGGCUCAAGCCGGGAGGCCUUGAAGGUACGGGAUUUUGUGGAGGGCUUUGCUGAUGAUCUUUUGAAAGCUUUGAGGAGUGUUUGCGACACAGUGGCUAACAUCGAACAGGAGCCUAUAGGUGUGGGGAGCAUGUAUGAACUCUGGAGAUCAAGCAAGCCUCUGACUUGUGAUCUGAUCAUUCCAUUUACUCCCCCAGAGCCUUACAAAUUCAAAUUCCAGCUGUGGUGCAGCCACACCAGUGAUGUUGCCCCUGAUUUGCAAGGAUGUGGUAGAAUAAAGGUAGAGAAGGUGAGCCGAAGUGAGGCUGGAUGCCCCUGUGAUGCAGCUGACCUUGGUGAAGACUUGAUUUGCUUAUUGCAUGACAGUAAUGAGACCCCAAGUUCUGUUGAUGCUUUUGAUUACCUUUUAUGUGAAAAAAACUCAUCAUAUUUGUCCAAAGACUAUGUCCUGAAGUGGUUUCAGAUGUCUUCCACAAAAGCAUGGGAAACAAUUUCCCACAAGUACGAUUUUGAUCUUCAGUUCCCCAACCAUGACUCUCCAUGGCAUUUAAAAGUGAGAUUCAGAUCAGGGAUCACAGUUGCCUUCAACAUCACUCCAGUUGUUAAGUAUGAAGAUACGGACACCUACUUCAUCUCACACUUCCCCACCAACAGUUCGGUGGAAGAAAAUUCAUGUAGUAUUGACUGGUGUCUUUCGUUUGCAGUUUAUGAGAAACGUCUGCUCAGAUAUUUAGCUAAAAAUCUUCCACCUGAUUCCUGCCACAUCCAUUGCCUUCAGACUCUCUCAUUCCUGCAUAAGAAACAGAUUUUACUCACAGGUAAAAGCGCUCUGUCUAUGUAUCACUUUAAGACUGCACUUCUACAUGUUCUCUUGAGUAAGAAGUGCUCAGACUGGGGUGUGGAACACCUGAAGGACAGGCUGUGUGAUGUUCUGGGCUUCCUGGAGAAGAGCUUGAAGGAGAAAAAACUGGACCACAUUUUAAUUGGGAAUUCUCAUGUCCCACAAGAGGUUGGGAUUCCAGCGAUAUUCUGCACGGCCAAGCCUGUCAAUCUAUUCUCUCCAUUUGCUUCGCAGAGACAGUGUUAUUCCAGAACUGUAGAGCAAUUUCAGGAAUUACUCAGGAAUGUCCCUGUGCUAAUACAGGAGUAUACUAUACCUUUGGGAAAUGGAAAUGUACAGACAACUUUCUGAUCCAGGUGAAACAAGUAUUUCUUGUACUGAGCAUAUUAAUUACACACACGUGUGUGUGUGUGUGUGUGUAUAUAUAUACAUACACACAAG